AUGCACAUUAAAGUUAAAGAAGAAUUAUUGUUAAAAGAAGACAUUUUUAAAGAUGUACAAAAGGAAUUUGAACAAGAUAUACAAGAAAAAGAUAGUGAUCCUUGUGAUAACGAUAACGAAUCAUUUAGAUUAGAUCGAGGAAAGGAUUUGGCCAAUGAUUUGAAACAUUUGUUAAAAGAAAGCAGGUUUAAUGAUUUUUCAAUAAUAUGUGGUAAAGAUAGAAAGAAAGUCAAAGGUUGUAAAGCGAUAUUAGCAAGCCGGUGUAACAUUUUCAAUUCUAUUAUAUUAUCAGACACUGGGAAUAAAAAUGAGGUUAUAUUUUCGGAUAUUGAGCCAGAAGCUAUGGAGAUGGUUUUGGAAUUUUUGUAUACUGGAGAUGUUGAAGAUUGUCAAGCUAAAGAAUUUGAUAUUUUAAAAAUAAUUGAAACAUAUUAUGCAGCAUUUCAAUUGAAAAUUCACAGUCUUGAAAAAGUUAUUAAUGAAUAUGUAAAAAAAAGAUUAAAAAGUCCUAUUGCUAUUGACAAAAACUUGGCACCGAAAUUAUUGUCAGGUUUGAUAGAAAAAUUCAUGUAUAAUAAUAAGAAGAUGGUGACGAAUGGUAGAAAUGAGGUGGAGGAUCUUGCAGAUUUUUUGAUAGAAUACAUAUCAAAGAUUCCAUUUGAUUUAAUCGAUCUUGAUUCAAUUUCGUUUGACGCUUUGGAAUUUUUAUUGGCCAAUACUCUAGGAACUAACAAGUUCAAAAACCAGUUUGACAAAUUCGAGCCAUUCUUAAAUAUUCAAAAAUUGGAAAAGUCAGACAUGGUCAUAUUAAUUCAACCAUUAAAUUUGUUUUCUGAAAAUAGAAUCAGAAAAUAUUAUCAAGAGUUAGCAUUUGAAAAGAAUGACAUGACGGAAACGCGUGGUUUUCCGUAUAUUAGAUGGAAAUCUGAUUUGACAGAAUUUAUUGAAUGCUCUGAAGGUAUUGAUGAUGUUGAUGGAUACGGAGGUGAAUUUGCGAUAAAAAGUGUAUCAGAUUUCAAAACAGCAAAAUGCAUAUCAACAAAUUUAUCAAUGUCAGGGGAUUGUGCAGAAAGUUGCAUAGGAGCAAAUGAGGAUAAGAUGGGAAAUAGUUGGAGUUUGUGCACGGAUGCACGCAUAUAUAAGGAUCGAGUCAAAAGUUAUCAUUUUGCAGAAUCGGACGAAACCAGUUCAAUAUCCAAGAAAUUUUUUUGGAGUAUUUUGUAUGGGAUAACCGAGGGAGUUAAGAUUGUGAUGACUGUUGACAUGACAAAGAGAACUUUAAAGUUUGAAUUCGACGGGUACAAAUGUUCUUUGGAUGGGAGAUGGGGCACCGAACUUCCGACUAAAUUAUAUCCAUUUUUGGCAUUUGAAAGUCCUGGCAGCAAAGUAAUUGUAAAACAAUAUGCUAAUUGGCGCGAGGAACCAACGGGAACAUUUAUAUUAUUUUGA